CUUUGACAAGUGCAUUUGUUUCAUAACCUUGAACCAUUCAUCAAAAUCGAAUAUGGCAUCGACCCGGGUUGAGAAGGUUCUGUACCGAGUACCAAACGACUCAUCGAAGAAGAAUGCUGCUGAUCCAAUCGCUCUUCCACCUGGAACCAGCUCAGAGGACUUCAAAGAGUACAUCAAGAAAGCUGUUGAGAUAGUUGGGGAGGAGAACGUUACUGUCAUCAACAAUAAGGAUGAGCUCACCAAAGAACAUUAUACCGACCCUUCAAAGGCGCAUGAUAUGUUUCAUGUGUUCGACAAAGACUAUUUCGUUGCAUCUGCUGUGAUUGCACCUCGCAAAGUUAGCGAGGUACAAGCUAUCAUGAAAUUGUGCAACGAGUAUGGCAUCCCGGUCUGGCCAUUCUCGGUUGGGCGUAAUGUAGGAUAUGGUGGUUCGGCACCUCGUGUUCCUGGAAGUAUUGGCCUGGACAUGGGUCGGAACAUGAACAAAGUCAUCGAGGUCAACGAAAGUGGUGCGUAUGCUUUGGUUGAGCCUGGAGUGACAUAUGCGGAUCUCUAUGCCUACUUGGUGGAGAAGAAGCUGGACCAGAAGUUAUGGAUUGAUACUCCUGAUCUUGGAGGUGGAUCGGUCCUAGGAAAUGCGAUUGAGCGUGGAGUUGGCUACACCCCGUAUGGAGAUCAUUUCAUGAUGCAUUGCGGCAUGGAGGUUGUCUUGCCCAGCGGAGAACUCCUUCGAACAGGCAUGGGUGCCAUGCCAGACCCAACUCAACCUCAUGUGGAGGGAGGAACUCUUGAUCAGCAGCCCGGAAAUAAGUGCUGGCAACUCUUCAACUAUGGCUUCGGACCAUACAACGAUGGCAUCUUCACGCAGAGCAAUUUGGGUGUCGUGACUAAGAUGGGUAUCUGGCUCAUGGUGAAUCCUGGAGGAUACCAGCCAUAUCUCAUUACCUUCCCCAAGGAUAGCGAUCUACCCAAGGUCGUUGAUAUCAUUCGUGAGCUCCGUCUUGCUAUGGUUCUUCAGAACGUCCCAAGUAUCCGUCACGUUCUUCUUGAUGCAGCUGUCCUCGGUACGAAGGCUUCGUACAGCUCGAGCGACAAGCCUCUUACCGACGAGGAAAUUGAUGCAAUUGCCAAAAAGCUCAAUCUCGGUCGUUGGAACUUUUAUGGAGCCCUGUAUGGCCCAAAGCCCAUUCAAGAUGUCAUGUGGCAAGUCGUGAAGCAGACUUUCGGCUCAAUUGAAGGUGCCAAGUUCUUCCUUCCAGAAGAUGUUCCGGACAAGAACGCAGUAUUGCAUAUCCGUGCGAAGACUUUGCAGGGUAUACCAACAUUCGAUGAGUUGAAAUGGGUUGACUGGCUUCCAAAUGGAGCCCAUCUUUUCUUCUCUCCCAUCUCCAAGAUCUCUGGCGAAGACGCUACUUUGCAAUAUUCCAUCACGAAGAAGCGAGUCAUCGAAGCCGGAUUUGACUUCAUCGCUACUUUCACAAUCGGUAUGCGGGAGAUGCAUCACAUCGUGUGUCUUGUUUUCAACCGCAAUGAUGCUGGGCAGAAGGAGCGUGUCCACAAGCUUAUCCGACAGCUUAUUGACGACUGUGCUGCUCACGGUUGGGGAGAGUAUAGAACGCAUCUUGCGUUGAUGGACCAGAUUGCUGAGACGUAUAACUUCAACGACAAUGCUCAAAUGAAGUUGAAUGAGAAGAUUAAGAAUGCUUUGGAUCCUAAUGGUAUCUUAGCUCCUGGUAAAAAUGGUGUGUGGCCUGCUACCUACAACAAACAGGCAUGGAGACUUACGGCAGAAUCUUCCUUGUCCCGGUAGACUGCUAUCUGCGGUAUAGGGCAUUUGAUCGAGAUAGCAUAGUCAGAGGUACCUACGUACCUAGGUAUGUCUUCAAGAAUGAGGAAAUUGCUUGAAGAACUCCUCGGUAUGGUUGCAAGUCUUUCGUGCAUACCAUAUAUCUCAGGCUAGACCGCACACCAAAAUGUGCACCGUAAAUUGCAAC